AUGCACGCCAAGACGCUCCUCGCUGCCCUGUUCGCGGCCUCGACGGCCUCAGCAGCGGCCGUCAACGCCAGCCAGGCAGAUUCGGGCGCCGCCGACUUCGGCAAGUGCACGCCGACGAUGGACUUCCAGUUCGGCCGGCCCGGCCGCAAGGCCGACGAGGGCACCUUCCUGCCUACGGACCCGCUCGUCGCCCAGGGCCAGCAGGACGCGCUCAACCCUAACAUCAUCACGAACCGGAUCUGCGACCAGCUCACCAACGUGUGCGACGCCAACGACGCCGCCAAGGCGCUUUGCAGGCAGGCCCAGGCCGAGGUCCAAGCGCUCGGCACCAAGGAUGCCUCGACCGCGGACGCGUUCAACUCGGCUCUGGGCUUCUAG